AUGAGGAUCUCUUCUCAAAAAUACGGCUUUUUGGUGUUGCUAAUCUUUCCAAUACUCUGGUUUAUUGCACCCUGCCAUCGUCCAAGUUUGUCCGUUAAAUAUCUUAGUCCUCAGAAAAAGACUCAUGGCAUUCACAAGCCUCAAGUUAUGAGUACGAUGCGAGCGACGGUGCAACAAACUCUUAAAGUUGUAAAGCCAAUAAUGGUCACGAAAAAACCAAUAACUGGUUGCAAGCCCGCUGAACUCCCAGAUCAGGAUCUCUAUCGAAAGAUUUUGCAAGAUCACGAAAAAUUCAUCCUAAAAGCCCCGAAACCGCCCUCUCCAAACACUACUUUUGUUGUUUUUGUCAUUCAUUCCGUAAAUAACACGAAAGUUCGAAAAGAGAUUCGCGAAACUUGGCUCAAUCCUAAUGAAAGUAAAGUGAUCCGGAACGGAUCCGCACAAUAUUAUUUCAUUGUCGGAAAACCGAGAAACCCAGAAAAUCUCUUCGAGAGCGAUGUCCUUUAUACGAAUAUUUCGGAAAUAUAUCCGAAUUUAGUGUUGAAAGAGUUAAUAGCGUACCUUUGGUUGGUGAAACAUAAAAAGAACGGGCAAAUGUUAAAGAUCGAUGGAAAGGAUACGGUGGCGAACUUGGAUCGGCUUUCCUCACAGGUCAAAUGGAAUGAGCAGAAAAUCUCGUGUCUCCUCUGGGAUCCCGUUCAACCGAAUCGAAACAUUUGUAGUCCUUGGUACGUCCCCUUGAAGCACUAUUACAAACCGGUUUAUCCACGGUAUUGCGGUGGACCAGCGUACAUGAUUCCAAUACGCCAACUCAAGAAGUUACUCAGCCAUGCGAGUAAUCAUUCGGCUCUCGUUGUUGAGGACGUCUUUUUCACUGGCGUUUUGGCUUUCAAAGCUCGAGUGAAGAGAAAAAAUCUUGGCGAGAUUUUUCGAACCUAUUGUCCACAAAGAAAGGCAAAAACUCUAAAGAUCUUUCAACGUCGAGCAAUCGCUUGUUCUAAGUCCAAAAAAAUGGUCACCUCCGUUUUGUCGCGUCAUUGCUAUAAUCGAAAGCGUAAAGAGAUUUGGGAUCUAUUGAAAAAUGGCACAUGCACG